AUGUGGUGGAGCUCAGCCAAAUCGUCAGUAUGUGACUCCCAGAAGCCUAUAGAGACUGUGUUAUUAUGUCACCAUUCCACGGACGAUUUGAAGGUAAACAAACUGAAGCAUACCAUCUGGGAGCUGGGUCCUGUGACUGUGAAAUCCAAAAAUGAACACACGAAGGUUGAGGAAGGGUUCAAAGAGGACCUCGUUAUAUUCUGCCUCUCAGCAGACUAUGUUCAGCGCUCUGAACAUUUUUUUAAUGAUGUUAGUAGUCUGAUGGAAGGAGAUGGCAAGAAUGGGGUGUCGUAUUUCAUGAUGGAAGACAGCUAUCAGGACUUAAAGAAGGACCUAGCCUCCAAAGGAAUCAAAAAGGAAAAUGUUCUCUUCUUUGACGACCCGGAUGAUCCUUCUAUUUUUCAAAUCCAUCGUAGAAAGAAAAAAGAGAAUUCGAAAAAGAAGAUUGUUUACGUAAGUGGCUGUUGGGAUGCCGCACCAAAGAUGGAGCAUGUGCAAAAGCUGACAUCAUCUUUCACGACUGUAAUGUGUCAUUUUCCCAGAAAAACACGAUCCAUUUCCAGAAUGUCAAAAGAAGACUGGAGUAUGAUAACAGAAAAAAUGAUUUCAUCUGACCAGUAUCUUAUCAUGAUGUCUGAUGACUAUUUUUGUGACGAAAUAACUUCCAUAGAAUGUGAACUGAUAAGGCGAAGGGGAAAAGUAAUUCACAUAAUAGACGUAAGAAAAAGUAAGGAAAGGGAAGUACCAAUGUGGAUACGGAGCAUGCGCAUAAUACCUUAUGACAAAAACGAUGAUGUUUUGAAUGUUCUCUUAUUGCAUCUCCUUGAAGAACAACAAGGACACGAUACGAUUAUCAUCAGUUUUCAUCCCUCUGACCUGACGAAUGCUGAGCAAUGUCUGACGAUGUUUCGGAAUGGCUUAUCUCAGUGUCAUGUCCGCCUUUCGUCCGACUUUCCAGACUCCAAAACAUUAUUUCAUCAAAUCAUGAAAUGUCAAGCUCUAAUUCUAUGUUUAUCGGAGGCUUUUAUGGGAGAUAAAAAAUGUAGAAAAGAGGUGGAACUUGCCCAUGUGAUGUGGAAGAAACUUAUGCCAUUAAAUUUGCAAUCUAGUCCUGCACAAAUGGAGCGACCCGAUUGGUUGAUCAAAAUCAUAGGAUAUCAUCAAUACGCCAAUCAGGAGGAGAUAAAUGAUAUCCUCAGUCAGAAUGUUCUGCUUAACAAAGACAACCUAAAAAUUGAAAACUGGAUUCAACGGAAUAUCACAGUUCCAUUACAUCCAGAAAUUUCUACACAAAUAUCGACAUGUCGCAGCUGUGGUGGAGGGCCCCAGCACACGAUGACAGACGCCUUUGGUAAAGUGGAAGUGUUUGCGGAGGGUGGAUUAGAAAGGCGAGCCGCCAUGUAUGUUCGUCUUAGCACUAAUUCCGAUCUGAAGACUGUGGCUUCUCUGAUCAUCGAUCAGUGGGGACUAGAACGACCACGCCUUCUUAUCUCAGUGACGGGGGAGGGGUCUCAAAUUAUUAACAACCCAAGCAAGUCAAGAGUCCUCACAAAUGCUCUUCAGAACAUCGUCAAAGAGAAAGGUGUAUGGUUCACGACAGAUGGUGCCACUUCAGAAAUCUCCAAAGUAAUUGGUCAAGUCGUAGAAAAAGAGGAUGUUAAUGAAAGGCCUACAGUGAUUGGAAUUGCCUCCUGGGAGUACCUCAAGAUGAAUGAAAAUCUGGUCAUUAAACAUGGUUUUGGACGAUGGCCUGCCACCUACAGCACAAGGGAGGCUAUCAAGGCCAGUGGGGCGUACCACCUUAACCCCUUCUGUUCUCACUUUCUUCUUCCACAUAAGUGUGCAGUUGUCAAUGAGAAUGGCGAGAGUUCAGUUAUAUCCACUGCACGGUUCAGAACAGAGUUUGAGGAGUACAUACGGCAAGGAAAAUACGCUCUCCAAAAAUCCCGUUGUCCUGAGGCGAUACCCUCUUUGCUCCUGGUGGUGGGCGGGGAUCCUUUACAGUCGCUCAGUAUGGUUAAGCGGUCUCUCGAUCUCCGUAGACCUGUCGUAGUUCUCCGGGGAACAGGAGGCUUUGCUGAUACUUUGGCAAAUGCAUUUACAAAGGGAAGAACUGAAGAACCAAAAAUUCUGGAAAUUCUUACACACCCAGCUCGGCAGCAUCUGAGUUUCGUCAACCUUAACGACGACCGCUGUCAACUGGGUCACACAAUAUUGGAUGUUCUCCUCAGCAGUAUAUCGGAUGAUGAACAGAAGUUGAGUCUAGCUUUGGGAUUCGAUAACAGCGAAAAAGCAAUGGAGCAUGUUUUCUUCGACAACAAGAAAACACAGUGUUUAGAGGAAUCAUUUGUAACAGAUUUGAUGCUAAAAGCGAUGCGAGAAGAAAAAGUUGAUUUUGUACGUCUUCUAAUCGCGGAAUGUGUUGACAUCGAAAAAUUCCAGCUGAACAACAAAGACAAACUCUACACAUCAAAAUAUCUGCCAGAUGAACUUAGAAGACAGCUUGGAUGGGAUACAAUUCCAACCAUUGAAAACAUUCGGUGCUUUGUUGUGCGAAUGCUAGCAAUGGACGUGUUCGUGGAAUAUGAUGUUAAUAUGGAUAUAAGAGAUCAUCAAGUUGACCCAUAUUUCUACCUCAUGGUGUGGUCUCUUCUAAUGAUGAACUUGCGUGAUCUUUCCAUAUUCUUCUGGCAGCACUGCAAGGAACCACUUCCGUCAGCACUGAUUGCUUCAGGAAUAUUGCGUCAGCUGAGAAAAGGUUGUCAGGUUACAAACCGAAUCCUGGCAGAUAAACUCUUCAAACAUGAAAAGGAGUUUGUGAAGCUAUCCUGUGAUGUCCUACAGCAGUUUUUUGAGGAUAAUCCCGAGGACACAGAGCGGUUCCUCAUGAAACCACGCCCCCGCUGGCGAAAUCUCUCCUGCAUGGAGAUCGCCUUUCGAUUAAAACACAGACCUUUCAUGGCACAUGAAGCAUGCAAGAUACCCAUAUACAAGAUAUGGUUUGGAAGAAUUUCUCCAGAAAACAAUUCAUUGAGGAUGAUAAUUUCGGUGUUUUUCCUUGGGAUGUUUCCAUUUGUGCUGAAAUUUAUUGACGUGUCUCCUAACCAGUCCGGCAAUAAGAAUGAAGCUUCAUGCUGUAGUUCGAUCUGUAACAAAGUCAGGACUCGAAUUGUAGAAUUCUACACAGCUCCAAUUAUGCGUUUCUCCCAUACAAUGGCGUCCUAUUUGUUGUUUCUGACUCUGUUCAGCUAUACGUUGCUGGCUGGUUUUUCUGAUCACUUUCACUGGCGAGCAGUAUUGCUAUACUGUUGGGUGGCUACACUUAUGUUGGAUCAAAUCAGAGAGCUUCUUAAUGGAAUCGAUGAAAACAAGAUUUUUUUUGGUCACAAAUAUCGCCGAGAACGUCCAUCCGUUGUGCAGGUAUACUUUAGGGACAAAUGGAAUUACUUUGACGUCACAAUUCUGUGUUUCUAUAUAAUAGCCCUGGCUCUAAGCUUCGUUCCAUCAUACGCUGCCGUAGAAUUUGGACGAGUUUUUAUGGCGAUGAGUCUAAUUGCCUUUUUCAUGAGGAUUCUGAAAACGUUCUCUGCAAUAGAAGAACUUGGGCCGAAGUUGUGGAUGAUUGCUGCAAUGGCCAAAGACUUGAUGUUCUUCGUGAUAAUCUUGAUGGUGUUUGUGGUCUCUUACGCUAUAGCCGCCUAUUCAGUGAUAUACCCAGAGUCUGACGUUGACUGGGAUCUCAUUGCCAAUGUUCUGAGACUGGGUUACUGGAAUCUAUAUGGCGAGCUUCUCCUAGAGGACCUAGAAGCUAAGGAACCCGAAUGUUCGUUUGAUCCUGCUGUCUAUAGUUCGGGAAUACUUCCAAGAUGUGCUGUAAAACACAGAAGACUUGUAGGGAUGGCCAUGAUGGGGAUUUAUCUUUUGUUCGCUAACGUUAUGCUGCUUAACAUUCUGAUUGCAAUGUUCAGUGAUACUUAUCAACGGGUACAGACACAGCGGAACCAAAAAUGGAAUUAUGAAAGAUACGCCUUGGUAAAGGAAUUCCAGCGAGUUCCAGUCAUCCCUAUGCCUGUGGGAGCCUUAAUUUACAUACACUACUUAAUAAGAUGGAUCUACAGGAAGUGCAAAAGGUGCACUGUUGUUAGCAACACAGAAAAAGUUUUAUUAGGGAAAGAAUUGAAUGAGAAUGAAACAAUAAACUGCAUGGAGCGAGAGUGUGUGUACUUGUUUAUGAAAAAGAAACGAGAAGAAAGUGAUGCCCAAAAGCAGAUAACUGCACAAGACGUCUCUAAUAUAGUCAGCGAACAACUCACAAUGAGAAUAAACAGAUUGCAGAGUCUUACAGAAACACAGCUGUUGUCAAAGAUACCAGAAACUAUGAAAUAAUCCUAUGUAAUCAAAUUACUGGAAUUAAACACAUUUG